AUGGAUUCAAGUAGGGAUGAGGAUGAACUGAUUGUGAGUUUGUUACUUAGAAAUGUGAAGAAAAAAGCAAGAAAAAGAUCUGGAUUUUUAGCAACCGGUGACUCAUAUGGAUCAUUCCAUUACAACUAUAGAAUGGGCAUUUCAACAGUGUCAAUGAUCAUUGUAGAAGUCUGUGUGGCAAUAUGGGAAAGGCUAAGUGGUAUUUACAUGGUAAUGCCAUCAUCACCUGACGAUUGGGAAAAGUUAGCAAACGACUUUUACCUCCGAUGGAAUUACCCAAAUAGCCUAGGAGCUAUUGAUGGAAAAAAUAUACAUAUUCAAGCUCCUAACAACAGUGGCUCAAAGUACUUUUGUUACAAGGGCCAUUUUUCGAUUGUCCUUUUGGCCUUAGUUGAUGCUAACUAUUGCUUUACAUAUAUUGAUGUUGGCAACUAUGGUUCAGCAAGUGACGGGGGUAUCUUUGCAAGAAGCACACUGUCGGAGGCAAUUGAUAAGGGCACAGUGACAUUAUCUUGA